UAUAAUUAUUUAGGCAUGUUUUAGGUCCACAGUAGUACACUGUAGAAGUAGAAUCAAAAACAGAAAUAUAAAAUCCAAAUAAACACAAAUUUAAAUGUAAAUUAGAUUACUAGAACACUAGAUCAAAUCCGAAACCAACAUUCCAUUUCAUUUUUAUUAAAGUGUAUUAGCGAAAAAUUCUAAAUGUCGCAUAGGUCAAGUUUUCAACUUAACGAUUUAUUUCCUAGGGAAAUAGAUAUCGAAGUGUGUUUAAAAACCUUAAGAAUAUAUCAGAAACUCGAAGGCGAUGUGAAUUGUGUUGUUUGGGAUGCAUCUCUGGUCCUUGCUAAAUAUCUAGAGACUAAGUGUUUCCAUAAGCCGGAUUUUUUAAGUGGUGUAAGAGUUCUUGAAUUAGGAUCAGGUCUUGGUGUUGUAGGACUCACUGCUGCUACUCUCGGGGCUCAAGUAACACUGACAGAUUUACCAGAGGCACUUCCCUUAUUGCGGUUAAAUAUUGCGGAAAAUAAAUCAAAGAUAGCUAGUAUGGGUGGAUAUGCUAUUGCAGAGUCUUUAGUAUGGGGCGAUAAAAACUCUGAUAUCCAUAAACAGGAGUUUGAUAUGAUUUUGUUAGCCGAUUGCAUUUAUUAUGAAGAUGCAUUGAAUCCCCUAUUUGAGACAUUACAAAGUUUAAACAACUCUGUGAACAAAAAGCCAACUAUAUAUUUAACCCAAGAGUUAAGAGACACAGAAAUUCAAAAGAAGUUGUGGAAAACCUUCUAUGAAAAGAUUUCAGAGUUUUUCUAUAUUGAGAGUAUCCCUGAAGACCAGCAACACAUUAAUUAUAGAAGUUCUGAUAUAAUACUCUUAAAAAUGACCAAAAAAUGAUAUUUAUAUAGUUAUGAUUUGUCGUGAAGGACUAUUAUUGUGGCCAAAUUAUUUAAGCUCUCUCUUAAUAGUUAAUGGAAUAGAAUAAGUUUAUCUGUAUAUUAAGAAAAUCAUAUUCCUAAUCAAAUUUUUAAUUUCAAACAUAGGUUUUAAUUUUAACUGUAUAAAUAUUAUGUAGGCAAGUGUUACAAGUCAGUAUUUACUUUUAGGGAUUAUUAUUAUGUAAUAAAUAGUCUAUGGUACAGGUAUUUUAAAAUUCAAACCAAAGACUAGAUAACUGAUUAUUCAUAAGUUUUAAAAUAUACUAUAGUUUAAAGUUUAA